UUUUGUGUUGAGAAUAACCCAUUAUGAUGGACUUCAUUUUCUUUCUGCUGUAUGUACUAUUUUUGUUAAGAUUAAGAAAGUUGUGAAGCAGCUCUACUACAAUAGGGGCUACUCGGACACUCUCUUACUCUGUGGAAUAAAACCAGGCCGAACGAGUAACCUGAACCGUUGUAUCCAUAUCUUUGCCGGCGAUACAGAUGCUGCCGACCGCUCGAUCACUGUCUCUUGUCCUGUUCCUGGCCGCCUUCAUCAUCGUUCCGCCUGCGCUUGCUUCCGAGUCCGAUCACAAGUAUCAAGCAGAUGAUCCGGUUACCCUCUGGGUAAAUAAAGUUGGGCCAUAUAAUAACCCACAGGAAACAUACAACUAUUACAGCCUUCCAUUCUGUCAUGCAUCUGGUAAUACUCACAAAUGGGGUGGCCUUGGUGAAGUUUUAGGUGGAAAUGAGCUUAUCGAUAGUCAGAUUGACCUAAGGUUUCAAAAAAAUGUGGACAAGGGUAGCAUUUGUGAGCUUGAGCUUGAUGAGACGAAGGUUAAGCAAUUCAAGGAUGCUAUUGAAAACAAUUACUGGUUUGAAUUCUUCAUUGAUGACCUGCCUUUAUGGGGUUUUGUUGGUGAGCUACAUACUGACAGAAACAGUGAUAACAAGCAUGUGCUUUACACACAUAAGAAUAUUAAUAUUAAAUACAACAAGGACCAGAUCAUUCAUGUUAAUCUCUCUCAGGAGAGCCCAAAGCCUUUGGAAGCUGGGAGAACCUUGGACAUGACAUAUUCUGUCAAAUGGGAACCUACCAAUAUCAGUUUUGCUCAUCGUUUUGAUGUAUACUUGGACUACCCAUUUUUUGAGCAUCAGAUCCAUUGGUUCUCCAUAUUUAAUUCCUUCAUGAUGGUCAUCUUCCUUACUGGUUUGGUGUCUAUGAUUUUGAUGCGGACACUGAGGAAUGAUUAUGCCAAGUAUGCUCGGGAAGAUGAUGAUCUCGAAACCCUGGAAAGAGAUGUUAGUGAAGAGUCUGGUUGGAAACUUGUUCAUGGGGAUGUGUUUCGGCCUCCUCAUUAUCUAGCGCUAAUUUCAGCUCUUGUUGGUACUGGGGCACAACUUGCACUGCUUGUUCUCCUUGUCAUUCUGUUGGCAAUUGUGGGGACAUUAUAUGUUGGGAGAGGAGCUAUUGUCACAACUUUCAUAGUGUGCUAUGCUUUGACAUCAUUCAUUUCGGGCUAUGUUAGUGGUGCAAUGUACUCACGGAAUGGUGGGAAAAGCUGGAUCAAAUCAAUGAUUCUAACAGCGUCACUUUUCCCAUUUUUGUGCUUUGGGAUUGGCUUUAUUCUGAACACAAUUGCAAUAUUUUAUGGGUCUCUAGCAGCCAUUCCCUUUGGUACGAUGGUAGUUGUGUUUGUCAUCUGGGCCUUCAUUUCCUUCCCCCUGGCUCUUCUUGGUACUGUUUUUGGGAGAAACUGGAGUGGCGCUCCAAACAAUCCAUGCCGUGUCAAGACCAUACCUCGGCCUAUUCCUGAGAAGAAGUGGUAUCUGACACCAUCUGUAGUUUCCUUGAUGGGAGGAUUGCUACCAUUUGGAAGCAUAUUUAUUGAGAUGUAUUUUGUCUUCACCUCCUUCUGGAAUUACAAGGUAUACUAUGUGUAUGGAUUUAUGCUUCUGGUGUUUCUGAUCCUCAUUAUUGUUACCGUCUGCGUGACUAUUGUGGGAACAUAUUUCCUACUAAAUGCUGAAAAUUAUCAUUGGCAGUGGACUUCGUUUUCCUCAGCUGCCUCUACCGCUGUCUAUGUAUACCUGUACUCAGUAUAUUAUUAUUAUGUGAAGACUAAGAUGUCAGGGUUCUUCCAGACCAGCUUCUACUUUGGCUACACACUGAUGUUUUGUCUUGGCUUAGGGAUUCUCUGCGGAGCUGUUGGAUUUUUGGGCUCUAAUCUAUUUGUGAGGAGGAUUUAUAGAAACAUCAAAUGUGACUGAUUUUCUUUGGAAGGAGAGAGUUCAAUGUCCUUAUUUUCUCGGUCACUGGCUAUGAGGUCAAGAAGAGUAUCAAGUAUCUUCGUGGGGUUAUUCAGUCAACUGAUGGUAGGCGCCUCUGCCAGGAAUCAUCGGAGCCUGAAAGUUUUCCUUUUUUCGUUUGGGCUGUAAGAGAUUUUUUCUUUUCUUUUGUACUUACAAUUAGAAAGAUUAGAUAGCUUGAGGUAUUCAAGGCUAGCUUUUCAGAUUGUCAUUUAGCAAUUUUGGACGCUCUAAAGUAGUAAUCUUUCAUUUUUAUAAAUUAUUUUACUGCAAAUGAAUGAGACUCAGGUUAGUUUUUC